UAAAUUAUUUCCAGACGGAGACUGGGGGCUCCGAUGGCCUGUAACGACACUAUAGAUCCAGUCUGGUGGACAUGUACCCGACUACAAUAUGAGCUAAUGUGCAUGGCUAAUUUUAAAGAGAUAAGAAACCAUGAAGAAGGUGGAUUAUAAUCGGUACUGAAAAUCUGCCUUUAGGGGGCAAACUGUAGAAAAAAACAGCUCGUAGCCACUAACCGCAAGAUGAUGAUGGAAACCCAACAGCUGACUCUGUGUAACACUGAUGUUUGAACGUUGGGAGACUGAAGACGGAUUCACAGCUCACCAGGAAAACAUCUUAACGGCGCCGACCUUUACUUGAAGUAUAUUUAGAGAUGUGGGCUAAUUCAGAACACCAAGCUGGAAAAACACAUCGAUCAGAGAUGGAAAGCCGGGACUCCGAAACACAAUCCAGCUUUCUCCAACUUGCUAAGAAAGAGACUGAAGUGUUUCCUGGGCAGCAGCUGUGGGUGGUUAAAGAAGAGGUUCGCAGUGACUGGAGCUCUAGUUUGGACCCGCUUGACUCAAAGCCGCCUCACAUGAAGGAAGAAGAGAAGCCUGCUGUGAAAAGUGAAAAAGAAGAAAAACCAAAGUUUUCAGAUUGUAGCUGCAUGAAAACUGAAGACAGGAGAAGAGAACCCCUGACGCCCAACUUGGCUAAACAGAUGGAAGCAGAACCUGAUGGAGAGGACUGUGGAAGACCAGAACCAGGCCCAAGCCCCAAUAGUUCUUAUCAAGAAAGUGAGAUGGCCAUUCACCGUACAGUUGUCCCGGUCCAGCAAGUGUUGGGGAUGAAACAAGAGGUUCCCAGCUCCUGUUUGAACCAGAAAGACCCAAGACCUUCCUCCCACAUAAAGGAGGAAGAUGAUGACCUGUGGGUCGGUGAGGAGAGAGAACAACUUAUUGUGAAGAUUGUAGAUGAUGAGAAACUUAGUUUGUUAUCAGAACUUCAUUACGUCAAACCUGAAGAGAGCCGAGAGACGGACACUCCAAACAAGAUCUCAGCUGUACAGAUAAAACAAGAGCCUGAUGGAGACUGUGAAAGUCCAAAACCAAGCAGGACCCGUCGUUCAGCUACUCAUCUGCAGUCAAAGAAUAAUGAAAAUGCAUCACACUCUUCUGAUACUGAAAACAGUGGGGAGGAUAACAGCUCUGUGACACAUCAAUCAGUGGACAAGCCUACCAACUCUUCAGUUGAGAAGAAACGAUCUAGAAAAGAGAAAAACGCUGACACUCAACCGGGAGCCAAAGCUGAAAAGAAAUCAUAUGCUUGUGAAGACUGUGGUAAAACAUUUCCAUAUCAGUGUCAUCUCAAGUCUCAUAUGAGACUCCACACUGGAGAGAAACCAUUUGCUUGUGCAGACUGUGGUAAAACUUUUUACCAGCAAUAUCAACUUAAUUGUCACAUGACAGUCCACACAGGGGAGAAACCAUUUGCUUGUGAUUUUUGUGGUAAAACAUUUCCUUAUCAGUGUCAUCUCAAAUCUCACUUGAGACUGCAUACUGGAGAGAGACCAUAUGCUUGUGGUAAUUGUGGUAAAGCAUUUACAGAGCUGAAGGAUCUUAAAAGGCACAUGAGAUGCCACACAGGAGAGAAACCUUUUCAGUGUGAAGUCUGCUAUAAAAAGUUUAGCCUAAAGGGGGCUCUGAAGCGACACAUGAUGAUUCAUAACGGAGAAAAACCAUUUGCGUGCACUGAUUGUGACAGGCACUUCAGAUUUAAUGCUGAUCUUCAAGCACACAUGUUAACCCAUUUAGGAGUAAAACCAUUUGCCUGCGCUUAUUGUAAUGCAAAAUUUACUCGAAAAGGAAGUCUGCUUCUGCAUGUUAGACACCACACUGGCGAGAAUCUACUUACCUGUGAAGUCUGUGAGGAGAAAUUUGUCCGAAAAUGUGAUCUUGAUAACCACAUGCCAGUUCACUCAAGAGCACAGAAGGUUCCAUCUGGAAAUGAGAAUUUUGUCUGUGAUGAAUGUGGAAAAAAAUUUGUUGAGAAGUCACGCCUAACGAGACACAUGAUUACCCACACAGGAGAGAAACCAUUUGGUUGUGAUGUUUGUAGUGUGAAGUUUUCACGACAAGAACACGUGAAAAGGCACAAAAUGACACGACACAGUAUGAUAAGAACACGUGAAGAGACACAAAGUUACACAGGAGCGCAUGAAGACAGACAGCAUUGCAUGAGAACGUAUGAAGAGACACAAAACGACACAGGAAUGCAUGAAGAGACACAAAAUGACAUGGGAAUGCAUGAAGAGACACAAAACGACACACCACAAUACAUGAACAUAUAAAGAGACACAAUCACAGGAACACAAACACCUCAAAACACUCAACAUAAGAUAAGAAGAUAUGAAUGGUCAAACCAUGACCAUGGUUAAAGCAUAGUUAUGGUUUGACACAUUUUCUUCUGUGUGAGGAUGAAUGGUAGCCAGACAAAAAGCUGUAUGAUUGUGCUCCUUGAUGGUCUACAGCAGGGGUGCCCAAGUCCAUUCCUCGAGAUCCACUAUCCUGCAACUUGGUUGCCUCCCCUCUCCAAUACACCUACUUCAAAUGGAUCAUUGCAUCUUUUAGCUCUGCUGAGGAAUGGUAACAAGUCAUUCAUGUGAUUCACGUGUGUUGGACGAGGGAUGCAUCUAAAAGUUGCAGGAUAGUAGAUCUCGAGGACUGGAUUUGGACACACCUUAUCUACAGGGUAAGUUCUUUUUCAUCCGACAGUCUGCUUUUUUUUUAGUGCAACAACACUUUAGUUUCUCAGUAAAGACUUAAUUGUGUUAUUUCUAUCGUUAUAUCUCUAAACUGUUUUGUAAAUAGACUUGGCUUAAAUUUUAUUUUUAGAUCCCUGAAGAAUAAGCUGUUGUCUGUCCUCAAAACAUGAAAGUUUAAACCCAAACUAACUUCUUUCUUAAAUGCUGAAUUUGGCUGGUAAUUUAUUGGUAUUAUGUUUUAUACAGUAUUUAUUGAACUUUAAUUUUUCUUAUUGGUGGAUUGAGCAGUCUUUUGUGUAGCAAAGUAUAAAGCUGAACUAACUUUUCUUUGAUCAAGACUAAACUUUGUUGGUACUACUCUAAUUACUAUCAUUGUUUACUGCUAUCUUUAUAGUCAAGUUUAGUUUGAAAUGUAUUUUUAGUCAGUAGAAGAUUUAUCUUAUGUUUGCUCUGUAACAUGAUGAUAUGAAGGUAAACUAAGUUUUCCCUGACAAAUGAAUUUGGUUGGUAACAUCGUCAUUAUUUUGUGAAAUCUCUCUAAGCAUGUUUAGUUUACAUUGUUUUGUUUGAAGACUGAGCUGAUAUCUGUUCUGUAGCAGGCAAGUAUAAAACUAAAAUAACCUCAACUAAGAUUUUUUAAAGUCUUUAACCUGUUGACUUUUAAAAAGUCGUUUUAGUUCUUAGAAGACUGGGUGCUUGUGGGUUCUGUAGUUAGAAAGUCCUUUUAGAUGAACAUUUCACUAAACUCGAAUGCCACUGAUGUGCCUUAGGUUUUGUUUCUGCACAACGUUUGUUUAAUUUUAACAAUCAUUUCAUCCAAUGAGCUCUGUAUUUUUUUUCUUUUUUUUGUGGAUCUGGUUUUCCUCCCUCAUUUCAGCCUAUGUGACACCAGUCUGAAAUGAAUGCAUGACCAAGCUAUUUGACCAAGCCGUGCUGCAGAAAUCUGUUCUCUUGUGUAAGCAUAUUAAACCUUUGGAAAGAA